CUAUGGUUCAUGUAGUUUCUUUGGCAUUAGUUACAAUAUAACGUUGAUUUUUUAAUGUGGAAAUAAGCAAGCAUGAGUGCAGACUCUCUCACACUGAACAUGAGCGUUUCAGACAUCUUUGGCAACUACACAGCCAGCCUAACGACCUUGGAGCCACUGGUAACUACUGACGUAGAAACUUUCAUCAUUCAAAGGCUCGGACCGAAACGCUUACCUUUAAAUUGGUUGAUUCCACUAACGAGUGUUUAUUGGGUGAUAUUCCUAACAGGGAUAAUAGGCAAUGCAUGCACGUGCCUAGUGAUUUCACGAAACCAGUACAUGCAAACGGCGACUAAUUGUUACCUGUUCAACUUAGCAGUGGCAGAUAUGCUGACCUUAAUUUUCGCUAUGCCAUUGGAACUUUAUACACUAUGGCACCAAUACCCCUGGGGCUUAGGACGUGUCAUUUGUGAGCUUCGUGCCAUAAUCCCAGAAACCACGGCCGACGCUUCUAUUCUCACGAUUUUAACAUUCAGUGUGGAACGUUACAUCGCAAUCUGUCAUCCCAUCCGUCAACAGACUAAGUCCAACUUAUCUCAUGCCAUUCGGAACAUCAUAAUUAUCUGGAUCUUUUCCUUGGCAGGCGCAGCGCCAUACGGACUCUUUAAUCGGAUCAAUUAUCUGAAGGACGAUAAUAAGAAGCUUUUACUCGAAUCAGCAUGGUGCGGAUUUCCUUUCCACGAACCAGAUAAGAGCUGGGAGACGCUAAUGGUUUGUUCGACAUUUUUAUUUUUUGUUGUUCCACUAACGCUGAUCAUUGUGCUCUAUAUUAGGAUAACAAUAACUCUUCACCGGUCUCGCAAGAUACACAGAUGCACGUCAGAGGGCAGCACCAAGUGCCAGGGAGAAGGACAUCGCAUGAAACUACAAUCUCAAAGAAUAGCAAUAAGGCUUCUAGCUGCUGUGGUGGUCGCCUUCUUUGUUUGCUGGGCACCGUUUCACGCCCAGAGACUUCUUUUCGUAUUUGUAUCCCUUUAUUCAGAAUGGACAGACAACUUACGGAAAGUCAAUCACUACCUUUUUACUUUGGCAGGUUGUUUCUACUAUUUUAAUUCGACAAUAAAUCCGAUAUUGUACAGUGUAAUGUCGAAUCGAUUUCGAGUGGCUUUUAGAGAAAAGCUAUGUAUUGGCCGAUCAAAUGCUUUGUGUUUUUGUUGCUGUUGCUGUCAUAGUAGGCUGGAGGGAGGAGGAGUCCAGAAAACUGGUGCGUACCGAAACUCCAGUUACAAAGGUUCAGUUCGCUCUUCCCUUAAUAAUCCUGUAAAUGAAGUAAGGGUUAAGAAAAAGAAUCGAGUUAUACGUGUAGAGCUCCAGACACCUGUCGAACUUCUUCCAGCUACAUUGCCGUGGACAAAGAAUUCCAUAUACGACUCCAAUGAAAUUGAUGAACACCAGGAACUACAGGAAGCGCUCCAAACUACCUCACCUUCUGAUCCACUAUCCAUCUGCCCAGGUGAUGAAGAAACAGGUAGAUUCUUAGAGGACUGCAAGAAAAAGAUCUUUAUUGCAAGCAGAGCAUCAGUGGUCGCUGUUGGGGAGCAAGAUACAGCUCUCUGGCCUAGGCUUUUGGACGAAGACAGAGGCUGUAUCGACUGUUCAAGCUGUAAUAAACUGCUAAAACCAAAGCCGAGUCAUCCAGUUGUAAACACUUCUACAAUAAACGAAACCAACACUGCUGUAGACUCUCCCAGUAUACCAACAGUACUAACUGAAUUUGGAGUCUAACUCAUUGUAUCUGAAAUGGAUGUGCUAUAUUAUUUGAACACGUAAAUUCCAAAAUGCUGGUAUGCUUAUAAAACUUUAUUGUUCCAGUAUUUCCAUUCAAAUACUUUUAUUCUUGUUGGCUUGAGAAACUUCAUUAUAGUGAGUGAAGUAAAUGAACAAUAAUUAAAAUAUUUUAGUGUACCAAAUAAACCUAUUUCUGUAUAUAAAUGAACAAUCUGAAGUUGAGAAAAGCCUACUA